GCGUGUAUUACGCCGGAGUCUCGCGUUGUUCUCUUGAUCUCUCCCACCAGAUUUAAUGAUUCCAGCUCCUUGUACAUACACACUGGACUUUCGGUCGGAUUAGCGCGGGGCAUCGUCAGCUGUUGUGUGUGAUCCAAGUCGCCAGACAGUCGGAAACAUCGGCCGGCCGUCGUUACUCGUGCUCUCAUGCAUACCGCGACUCGCAGACUCUACGUUCAGUGCAAGCGUCUUUACACACAUGUUGGAUCACAUUAGAUAAUAUUCUCCUUGUGAAUUCUUGAAAUUCAGCAACUUACGAGUGUAUUCUUAAGUAAGUGCAUUUAUGAACGUCUUUUCAAAGCGUGAGUUAGACAAGACGAACGAAAAAUUGUUACUUCCUACUGCAUUUAUGACAAGAAUCUUGGUGUGAAGGGAUGCAGAGUCGGGGUUAAUCAUGGAUCUUCGAAAUAUGUCUUGUUGGUUCAUCUUCAUACUUUAUACGUCUUGUUGGAUCGUUUUUGCAGAUGAAUUAGGUUACAAAUAUGUCACUAUUGAUGAUAAAUUGAAGGUCUGCUUAGUCGAAACCGCACGUUCUUAAAAAAUUCUUUUACUCUGUCCAAAGAUGCUGACAAGUGCAGUAGAAUGUGUUAUCGAAACUGACAGGUUUGGCUGUAUACGUCGAUUAAUGAAUGACGACGCUGAUUUCACUAUAUUAGAACCAGAAGAACUUGUAGCGAUAAGGAACUAUGACAUCUACAAUUUCCUAAUCACGAAUGAAUUAAGACUCUUUCAAAAUGAAGCGAUGCGUUUUGAAGUGGUUGCAAUAGGGCAUAAAAAUUUGCACCAUGCAUAUGACGUUAAAGGCAAGCGGUUGUGUCAUCCCGGUUUCGAGACUGUCGGAGAUUGGACAAAAUCUUUUUCAACGUAUUUUGAAAAUUUAAUAGCUCGCAAACAAUGUGAGCCAAAUAUGUCGCUGCUGGAGAACAGGAUACAAGUUUUAUCCAACCUCUUUGAAAUGGCCUGCAUUGCAGGUCCAUGGUCAUCGGAUACUACGAUUGAUUAUUAUUUGAAAACAAAAUACAGGAAUCUCUGUGCUGCGUGCGAAAACCCAGCCAGCUGUUACAACACCGACAAGUAUUACGGGCGACAGGGUGCUGUACUCUGUCUCGUCGAUGGCGUAGGCGACGUUGGCUGGGUCAGACUGGAUGACGCUCGCAUACAUUUCAAGGUCGAGAAUGUUGACACGCAAGAUUACAGAUUUCUGUGUUCAGACGGUACUACGAAACCGCUUAAUUUUGAUGAACCGUGCGUCUGGAUUUCAAAACCGUGGCCAGCAAUCGUAGCUCGAGCCUUUGCAGCCAAGACAGUUGCCCGCAUAAUGAACUUAAAUAACAUGACAGCGUGGGGGACGAAUCUGUUGGAGUUGUUGGAAGAUUAUUAUGUCACUUCGGUCAAUGUGGAAGAGCUGCAACCACCCUUCGAUCAUUUACAACAAUUUCCAAAUUUUCUAAGCGCUAACAUACGAACGGAAUGCUCGAGAGACGUGAAAUGGUGCGUGAAAUCUCUUCUCGAGAUGCGUAAGUGCGAAUGGAUGAAAAUGGCUGCUUCUGCUUACGGCAUCCAGCCGAACAUCUUAUGCUACCAAUAUGCAGAUACUGGUAACAAAUCGUGUUUGGAAUCUGUGCAGAGCGGACAAACGCACAUAUCCGUAAUACUGCCUGAAGAGCUUCUUGAAGCUAGAAAAAAAAAUCUAGAGCCUAUCGCUCAUAUGAUGACGAACACGAGACAGGGAUUGAGCAGAGUCACAGCGAUUGUCAGAUUGAGUUCCUCAUUCAAAACGCUGCGUGAUCUCAAAGGCUUUAAAGCGGUCUUCACAGGCUACAGGAGCGUCGGUUGGAAUGCUUUCACGUCAGUGAUGAGGAACGAAUCGCAAGAAAAUUGGGACUGUUCUGAUACGCAAGCCAUCUCGAACUUUUUCGCAAACAGCUGCGUCCUUGGUCUGGAAAACAAAGAUAAAAAUGUGCUUCCGAGCAAUUUACACUCCUUGUGCGUAAAAGAUGGAGAAGCGAGCGAUGAUGCAACUGCCUUCCACUACUUAACUUCCGGUAUCGUCGAUGUCGCCUUCGUCGAUCUGAAUGUCGUAGAAAAUAUUACAAAACCUGGUGAUUUUCUUCAUCAGAAAGUUGACCUUAAGAACUUGAACUCUAAACCGAAAUAUAGAGUAUUGAGUCAGACUCUGGCGGAAGCUAUAAAAGGAACUCCAUAUGUGCUCGCUUGGACGGCUCUUGGCUCGAUAGUAAUGCAAAAGAAUGUGACGGAGGUAAGACAUCGGGAUAUCUAUUCGAUGCUAGUCGAAAUGGACAAGCUGUUUGGAAAACAUUUCAACGGAGAGACACCUGCAUUUUCGUUAUACGCACCUUACGAAGGCAAUCUCGGUGUUAUAUUUCCCGAUGGAACACGAUACAUAGAGUUACACGGUCAUCAGACAGUACAAGGGCGCAAUUAUGAUGAAGUCGUGGAAGAUAUCAUAAACCAAAGUGCUUGCAAUGCGGCGCAUGCAUGGCUCACACAUUUCCCACUAGUCCUGUGUAUAGUUGUCGUUUUUCUAUAUCGAUCAUUGGAUUGCUAAUGAUGAAAGGUAAUGCCAUGUAUAUAGGAUAGUCCAUUAUUUGUAGUAAAAUCGACGAGAUUAUAUGUAUUAGGUAUUAAACUUAGUCUCCGUCGCUUACAAGUAGAUCGUGCCAGCUGCAGACGAAAUAAGUUUCGAUAUUUGAAGUUGCUUGUCUUAUGAAGGAUAAACAUUGGUCAAUACAAUUUAGUAUGCAAAGAUUGAGUAUUGUUUAAACAGAGAUUUUUUAAUCGAUGAAAAAUGGAUCGUAAUAGAGUAUUUUUUCGACAUG